AUGAUUGAAGUAUACGGUGCAUUUGAUAAUACUGUGAUGGCUAGAGAUCGCAAAACUUUAAUAUAUGUAUUUCCUGUUUUAUAUCAACACGACCUUAUGGGUUACUGCGAUGUUGUGUUAAACUAUCGAUGUAAAAAAAAAGUUGGUAUAUUACAUGCACAUCUACCUUUUGAUACAAGAGUAAUAAGUAAACUAACAUCUAAUUCAGUUUUAAAAAAAUAUAUUAACACCGACAAAGGAGUAAAAUGUAAAACCCUAGACCAAGAUUCCUUAAGAAAAUGUUGUCCUGCUAAUUGUGAUUUAAAAUAUAGUGGCAAAAGACCGUUCUAUGAUGAAAUACUUCACAAAUGUACUGAAGCCCCUGAUUGUAUUGCUGAAGGGAGUAAAGAGCUUCCCAGUAUAGUUUAUGUUCCUCAAAUAAAUAUAUGCAAGAACUUAGGGCAAGAAUUAUCUUUUCAAGAUAUUUAUGCACUUAGCACUGGCCUAGGGACAAUGAGUUUUACAACUGAGAAAGUACAUAAUUCUAAAAUAGAACUAAAGUCUAACUGUUCAACGAUUUCUCAGAAUUUGUUUCUUCUAAGAGAUCUUAUGUAUGGAAAGCUAUGUCCUUGUAAAGAAGUAAUCGACUUUAGAGAUGGCUGUAAACUUGCUGUGUUUCGUAUAAUAUUAAGUGUAUUAAGUAUAUGCGCUAUGCUGUUAUCAUGUGUGUGCUGUAUUCAUACAAUUAUUUGGUUUCAUAGGCAAUGGCUAGAAGGAAACAUAAGAAACUUCAUGAUGAAAGUGCGUAGUAAAUUUAAAAGGACAGAAAAUAUUUGGAGAUUUAAAUGCAAUAAAAGACGUCGGUCUCAACAUAAUUUACUCCGUGAAGUUGUGGCUAGGGAUAUACCGAUUGAACUUCGCAGCAAUAUUGCGAGUGUUUGUGAUAGAAUGCAGAUGGAAAUCCAAAACCAGAAGAGAUAUAGGAACUCCGAUAUUGGCAGUCAAAUAAGUUUGCAAAAAGAACAUCUUUACAAU